CAGGGCUGGAGGAUCUGUUAUUAUGGAGCCGGAGUGAUCGGCUUAAUCAUCGCCGUCCUUACGGGUCUGUCGUUAACCGAGCCGGAAAGAAAGACGAUCGGAGAGGAAUCGACUAACGACGGAGAGCGACUAUCGGUUUGGAAAGUACUACUGCAACCGCGCAUUGUUCUCUUAUGCCUCGCCGCCAGCAUCAGACAUAGCGGCGGUUUAUGUUUCGCUUACAAUUGCGAUCUGUACUAUAGAGAUUACUUUCCGGACUAUGAUCUUGGCUGGUGGCUUUUCGCCGUCACAAUUGUCAUCGGCAGUCUGGGCGUCGUGAUCGGUGGAAUAAUUAGCGACAAGAUCGUAGCAAAAAUGGGAAUUCGUUCGCGUGUAGCGUGUCUGGCGAUCAGCCAGCUAAUCGCAACGCCGUUCGCAUUUGGUUCGGUGUAUUUCAAUCCUCUUUGGGCAAUGAUCACACUAGGAAUCUCUUAUUUCUUCGCUGAAAUGUGGUUCGGAAUAGUGUUCGCUGUUGUGGUGGAGAUUGUUCCUCUGAAACUGCGAUCAACAACCGUCGGCGUUUUCCUGUUUGUCAUGAAUAACAUUGGCGGAAACUUACCUAUUCUUGUCGAGCCUACCAGAAUAGCCAUCGGUUUCCGGGAAUCAUUGUAUAUUUUUUACGCUGGUUGCUACGGCAUCAGUUCCAUUAUGUUCUUCUUCACCAUGUUCCUAAUGGACGGUCCCGCGGAGGUGGAGAGAAAAGUAGACAAGGAGGCUCCGCCAGCGUACGACAAUAGCACAUUUACUAACGACGAUGGCCAAUUGCCAACAUUGGAACUGCCACCGUUUCCGGCGCGACCGCCGAUCUACGAACAUUCUCGGCUAUGAGUAGAAAAAGGCUCUUGCUUCGAAGAGUGUAAUGUAAAUAGUGUUUCAGUUAUGUUGGACUAAGCAUGAGUCAGAUAGUUAAAGAUUGACGACAUUAACCCAUUAACGUCGAGAUUUUACAAGAAGUGUUUCACACUCUGUUGACAGUUGAUAAAUUGAAAUUGACAUAAUCUACAUUUCUUUAUUUCUAGUGGAAAAAUACCAGAUAUUUUGUUUGUGAUAUUUUUUUGCGUCUUUCGUCGGUCAAAUGUUGAUGGGUUAAAGUUCCUCGCACGUCAAGUCGAGACUUGCGAAAUUGCGCAAAGGCGCGAUGUUCAAAGCAGCAACUGCGAUAAUUAAGAGCUCUGUUUUGUUUGAACGCGGCAUGUUGCAAAACAUUUACGAGCGCAUGGUGGAUUACAUAAUGCUCUUGAUAAAGAAGUUUGCAAAAAGGUUGAUAAACUCCGACUAUCUUUAAAAUACGUUCUGUGUUCUUAAAAUAGAAGUCUGUAAUGAAGUGAGUAUCUG